CGGGUCCCUAACGCUGCGCAGCUCGGACAGUUUGGACUCUGUUCCACAACUUCAACAUCAGGGUUCCAGCUCGACAGUCAUGACAGUCAUUUCAGUCCCAGAUAUUGCAGCCAGAGCCAAAGCCGCGUUUGACAGGGCGCAGGCUACUCUGCCCGCCGGACAAGCAGCCGACGACGCAAGGAAUGAAGCACUGUCAUUGAUCAGGCGUAAACUCGUCGAGAGCGAAUCCGAUGUCAAGGCGGCCAACGCCAAGGAUGUAGCGGCUGCGAAGGAAGCCGUCUCUGCCGGCAAGCUCUCCCCGCAGCUUCUGGCCAGGCUCGACUUGUUCGUCAAGAACAAGUGGAACGAUAUGCUGGAAGGCAUCUCUUCUGUCGCAGCUCUCGAAUCGCCUUUGGACAAGUGCCUCUGGGCCAAGAGGCUGGCAGCGCCUCAUCGCGAAUCUGGUGCUGGGGAGCUAGACCUGUACAGGUUGACGUGUCCGAUAGGCGUGCUGCUGUGCAUCUUUGAAGCUCGUCCGGAAGUCGUCGUCAACAUCGCCACCCUCGCUCUCAAGUCUGGCAACGCAGCCAUCCUUAAAGGCGGCAAAGAGUCCACUCAUACCUCCACCUUGCUCGCCAGACUCGUCUCAGAAGCGCUUAGCGAGUCCAAACUCCCUGCAGACUUGAUUCAGUCCGUCGAGAGUCGAGAGCAGGUCGCGGAGCUGUUAACAGAAGACAAGUACGUUGACCUAGUGAUCCCAAGAGGUAGCAAUGAGCUCGUUCGCUCUAUUCAACGGGAUGCCAGGAUGCCGGUGAUGGGUCACGCAGAUGGCUUAUGCGCAGCCUACGUGCAUUCGGAUGCCGCGGAGGAGAGCACGAUCAAGGGCGUUGUGGACUCGAAGAUCGAUUAUCCCGCUGCAUGCAACGCAGUCGAGACCUUGUUGGUGCAUCGGUCCCAGCUCACCAAGCUCUGGCCGGCUCUAGCGACCGCUCUCCUUGAUGCCAACGUCGAGCUGAGGUGCGAUCCGGAGUCCCUCGAGGCGCUCGACAAGAUUCCGGGCGUCGCUCCCCGAGCUCAGCAAGUGAAGGCGGCUCUCCCCGGAGACUUUUACACUGAAUUCCUCGAUCUCAAGCUGGCGGUCAAGAGUGUCAGCACUGUUCAGGAGGCCAUCGAGCACAUCAACACGCAUGGCUCGCAUCACACAGAUGCAAUCUUCUGCAGCCCUCUUGCCUCGCCGUCGAACCCGACAACCUCUGCUGCUGCUGUCAACGGUCAUUCCUCCGCGCAGACGCAAGAGCACGAAGCAGCGUCGCAGUUCACACGCGCAGUCUCGAGCGCCAACGUCUUCGUCAAUUGCAGCACUCGCUUUGCUGAUGGGUUCCGAUUCGGUCUCGGUACAGAAGUCGGCAUCAGCACAGGCAAGACCCACGCUCGAGGCCCCGUAGGCUUGGAGGGUCUCGUCAUCUACAAAUACGUCGCUCGAGCUUCAGGAAGUGGACCUCAUACCGCUUCCAGCUUCUCCAACCGUACACGCUCGUUUGCACACAGUGAGCUCGAGCAGCAGUAUCCUGCUUUCGAUUUGCCGCGUCCUCCUGCACAGACAGCGCCCAAUAACGCUGCAGUCAACGCUGCUCCUCACCUGACCGAUUCCCUGUCGAAGAGCUCAUCGGAGCCGUACCUCUACUCGCAAGAUGUGCACGUUGCAGGAUACGAGCCCCUGAUUCCGCCUACGCUGCUACUGCAUGAGACUCCGCUAACCGAAGAGGCUAGAAGGACUAUCGCUCGAGGUCGAGGAGAAGCCAGCGCCGUCAUUUCCGGCAAAGAUGAUCGUUUGCUUGUAGUCGUCGGGCCUUGCUCCAUUCACAGCCCUGAAGAGGCUCUGGAUUACGCCAAGCGCCUCAAAGAUGCCAUGCCACAGUGGCCAGGCUUGGUUGUCGUCAUGCGCGCUUACUUUGAGAAGCCACGCACCACCGUUGGAUGGAAGGGACUCAUUAACGACCCCGACAUCAACGGCAGCUUCCAGAUCAACCGCGGACUCAAGGUGAGUGUAAACCUUGCAAGCUUCGUCGCUCUUUGCUGAGUGCUCGUCCAAUCCUUGCUGUUUUACUGCCUGUAGAUCGCUCGCCAGCUGCUCAUCGAACUGACCAGUCGAGGUGUGCCUGUGGCUUGCGAGGUCCUCGACACUAUCUCUCCGCAG